GGACUCAUAUAGUGAAGAUUCAAUACAACUUGACUUAUCCUCGACUAUCCAGAAACGUCAAAAAGCUCAGCAAUGGCAACCGUUCCUUCUGUAGCUGCAGUCUUAAGAAGGCUUGAGGGGAAGGUGGCUUUGAUUACCGGCGGUGCAAGCGGCAUCGGAGAGGCCACUGCAAGACUCUUCACCGAGCAUGGAGCUCAAGUCAUUAUAGCUGACAUCCAAGACGACAAAGGUUACUCAGUUUGCAAAGACUUACACAAAUCAUCUGCUUCCUAUGUUCAUUGUGACGUGACAAAGGAAAAAGACAUUGAAAAUGCCGUGAACACAACGAUUUCCAUGUACGGCAAACUAGACAUCAUGUUUAACAAUGCCGGCAUAGUGGGAGCAAACAAAACAAAUAUACUUGAAUACAAGUUAUCAGAAUUUGAGGAAGUGAUUAAUGUUAACUUGGUUGGUGUCUUUCUUGGAACAAAGCACGCAUCAAGGGUAAUGAUCCCCGCUCGACGAGGUAGCAUAAUUAACACAGCUAGUGUUUGUGGAAGCAUAGGUGGUAUGGCUUCACAUGCCUACACAAGUUCAAAGCAUGCUGUUUUGGGGCUGAUGAGAAACACGGCAAUCGAACUUGGACCGUUCAGUAUUCGGGUGAAUUGUGUUUCACCUUAUAUUGUCGCCACACCGAUGGCUAAGAACUUCUUAAAGCUUGAUGAUGAAGGGCUUCUAGGGCUUUAUUCUAACCUAAAGGGUACUAAUCUUGUGCCUAAAGAUGUGGCUGAAGCUUCUCUUUACUUGGGCAGUGACGAAUCUAAGUAUGUUAGUGGUCACAAUCUUGUCGUAGAUGGAGCAGUCAGUGUCUCUAACAAUGGAUUUUCUGUGUUUGGACAAUCUGUCUAAAUAUGUGCACAGUAUGUGUUGAUAGUUUUCUUUAUGCAUAAUGCAAUUAUUGUUGUUUUGGGUGUCUUGUAAG